AUGUGGCAACAAUGGAGGGCUGGUCAUAGCCUCUUGUUUCAUGGGUUUGGCUCCAAAGCAGGUUUACUGGCCGAAUUUGCAGCCAAGUGGACCCUGGACGGCGCAUGCUUCAAUGUAAACGGCCUGCAGCCCGGCCUGACCUCUCAGCACAUCCUCGCAUGGGCCACAGCGGCUGCAAAAGGGUCCAAGCCUGCCCUGUAUCGUGCCUACAAGCCGGCUGACCUGAUGGAACUACUGACCUCCCCCGGGGGAAAGCGGGUGUAUGUCAUCAUUAACAACAUCGAUGGGCCAGGGUUGAGGGAUCCUACAUCCCAGCGCCAGCUGGCACUCCUCGCUGCCGUGCCAAACGUCCACCUGGCCGCCAGUGUCGACCAUGUGAAUGCUGCCCUCCUCUGGGAUCUCCAGACUCGGGACCGGUUUGCCUGGGUGUGGCACCACGUGCCCACCUACGCCCCUUACCUGCAAGAGGUGGUGCAUGCGGCCAUAGCCCCCCUGCUGGUGGGCAGGAGAGAGGAAGAGGCCAAGAAGGGAGCGCUGGUGGUACUGGCGUCGCUCUCCCACAACGCCCGGGAGGUGUUCCGCCUGCUAUCAGAGCAGCAGUUGGGUCCUGACGGCGAGCAAGGCAUCGCCUUUGACAGACUGUUCCAGCUAUGUCGUGAGCAGUUCCUGGUGUCGAAUGAGACACUGCUGUCCUCCUUCCUCACCGAGUUCCGUGACCAUGAUCUCUUGAAGGCCAGGAGAACGACGGAAGGGUUCGAUCUGCUGCACCUCCCUUUUGCACCAGAUCACCUGCAGCAGCUGCUGGAAGACCUUGUGUCUCUUACUUGA